CUAAGAAGCGACAACAUUCAAGUUCAUAAGCUGUGAAGAUAAUAACAGCAAUGCGUGUUCUUUUGGUAUUUUGUUUGGCGUUCGCCGCUGCUUACGCAGCUGAAACCUUCAGCCCUAGCACAACUCCCUUCCCAGUGACUCGUGCUUCAGCUACUGCAUCAGUGAACACCUACGACCCCUACAGAUACUUCACCGGUAGAGUCACGAGCGCACCAAAAUACAACAACCCCGGACGUUACGAAGCUGGUCGUUACGACCCUGGUCGCUACGACCCUGGCCGUUACAACCCAGGCAAAUACGACAGUUCGGGCCGUUACAUCCCUGACAACUCUGGUGCCUACAACGGUGACCGUGGUGACCGUGGUGGUGCUGGUGGCUUCUACUCUGGCUCAUCUGACAAGGGAGGUCCCGGCGGUCCCGGUGGUUUCUACAGCGGUUCCUCUGACAAGGGAGGUCCCGGUGGAGCUUAUGUCGGAAACAAGGACGAUGCAGGCAAAGGCGGAAAUGCUGGAGGCAACAAAGCCCCUGAAGUCGUAAAACCCGUCGCACCUGUCACCCCAAAGGUGGAACCCAUUGAAGAAGAAAAGAAGACCCCAGAGGUCGUCGUUAUCUCAUCCGCUGCAACCGUUUCCAACACCCCCGUUUUCACAAGCUCUACCCCCUACUACGUCAAGCCCACUCCAGCUUACGUUCAAGUCCCAGUCAACACUGGAAACUACGAAUACAAAUACGGAAUCAUCCGCCAAGAAGGCGAUGUUCUUCCCGAUGGUUACCACUACCUUUACGAGACUGAAAACAAGAUCCUCGCUGAGGAAGCCGGCCAAAUUGAAAAGAUUGACAAUGAAAGCGAAGGCAUGAGGGCCAAGGGAUUCUACGAAUACGUCGGACCCGACGGUGUUACUUACAGGGUAGACUACACUGCUGACGAGAGAGGUUUCCUGCCCAGUGGUGCUCAUUUGCCUUAAGAACUCUAGUCUAUAGUAUUUACAAAUGUUACAACUAUUUAGUAGUUGAUAUUUUCAGAUUGAAAAUAUAAAAUUAGUACAAAUAA